GUUUCCCUUCCCCCGCGCGGAAGAUGGCGGCGCCCAGCGCUCUCCUGGUCUGGUGCGUCCAGCACUUACGCGGAGACUUCGGGCUGGACGUGGGUGAGGAGGUCGUGAGGUACAUCUUGUCAAUAACAAAUGAGGAUGAGAUCCGGGAGUACGUUGUUGACCUCCUUCAGGGCACUGAUGGGAAGAAGAGCUGGUUUGUGGAGGAACUGCUGUCCCGGUGGCGGAAAUCCUCGCAGCCGCCCUCAGAGCCGCUGCCGGCCUAUUGGAAGAAGGAUGAGACUGCAGAAGGGCCUCGGGCUGGAGACCAAGCAAAAAAGGGCAAACGCAAGGGAAGGAACAAGCAGGAGCCAGCUGUGCACGCUGAACCCAGCGCCCACGUAGAGGAAGUAAAAACGCCCCUCGACCUGGCCAAGGCACAAGAGAACAGCAGUGGAGUCAGCAGUGGUACCAAUUCCUCUAAGAAAAAGCCCAAAUAUAUCAGCCUUUAUACCAAGGAGGGGCAAGACAAGCUGGCUGUCUUGAUCCCUGGCCGGCAUAGCUGCGAGUGCCUGGGCCAGAAGCACAAGCUCAUCAACAACUGCUUGGUUUGUGGGCGCAUCGUCUGCGAGCAGGAGGGCUCUGGACCCUGCUUGUUCUGUGGUGCUCUGGUGUGCACUAAAGAAGAGCAGGACAUUCUUCAGCGGGACUCAAACAAGAGCCAAAAGUUGUUGAAGAAACUCAUGGCGGGUACUGAAAGUUCAGGGAAUUUAGAUGCCAUAAGCAAAGACUUACUGCCCCGACAAGAAGCUAGACUCAAAGCAGGCUUGGAGAUGGCUGUGAAACACAAAGACAAGUUGUUGGAAUUUGACAGGACAAGCGUGCGUCGAACACAGGUCAUCGAUGAUGAAUCAGAUUACUUUGCCACCGACUCCAACCAGUGGCUCUCCAAGCAGGAGAGGGAAGCCCUCCAAAAGAGAGAGCAGGAGCUACGGGAGCUGCGUCAUGCCUCCCGGCUUGCCAAAAAAAUCACCCUCGACUUUGCUGGCAGGCAGAUCCUGGAGGAAGAAAACAGCAUGGCCGAGUACCACAACAAGCUGGAUGAAACCAUCGAAGCCAUAAACAGUGGCACACUGAGCAAGCCAGCUGUGGGCCCAGAAGUAAAGAUAUCUCUGAGUUCUGGUGUUUUAGUGAAUCCCAAUCUUCUUCAGCCUGCUCCUUUGUGGGUGGACCAAACUGGUUUGCACCCACCCAGGAAAGCCAUCUAUUCCACGGACACUGGAAAUGAACCUGGCUCUGAGCGGAACAGGUUGCGGAUUCAGGAUCGAGAGUUGCAGGAAAUCUCAGAUGAUGGUUGGUGCCUCAGCAUGCACCAGCCUUGGGCUUCCCUGCUCAUAAGAGGAAUCAAAAGGGUGGAGGGCAGGACCUGGUACACAUCUCACAGAGGGCGGUUAUGGAUUGCAGCCACUGCUAAGAGACCUUCCCCUCAGGAAAUCUCUGAACUGGAGGCCACCUACAGAAUGCUGCUUGGGAAAGAUGUGGAAUUUCCUGGCGAUUAUCCCCCGGGGUGCCUCCUAGGCUGUGUGGACAUCACCGAUUGCUUAUCGCAAGAGCAAUUUAAUGAUCAAUACCCGGAACUGAGCCAUGAGUCCGAGUCUCCAUUUGUCUUUAUCUGCACUAAUCCCCAGGAGAUGGUUGUGAAGUUUCCCAUCAAAGGAAAACCCAAAAUCUGGAAGCUGGAUGCAAAGAUCCAUCAGGGAGCAAAGAAAGGGUUAAUGAAGCAGAAAGCAGUGGGGUGAGCUGCACCGAGUUCCCAUGAAGCACCCAACUGCCACUGAAGGAGUGCCAGAACGGUGCUCAGCUCUGGAAAGCAGGUGGCAGAUGGAUCCCAGAGCACUUUUAGGUAUUGCUUUAGCCUUUGUACUCCAAAAGCAUUAAAA